CAAAUAAUUUGAGAACUAGUGUGAUGUCUCUUACCAUGUCUCUACGAAAAGCUCUUCAAACACUUCCUGCUCUUAGACACAUGAGCACGGGAUCUCAGGACCCGAUAGCAGCCCUGUUCGCAGAGAAGCUGUCCCAAUACAAGGCACUGGCAGUUGAUAAGGGAGACAUGGUUGACGUUAGCGAGAAGGACGUGGCCGAACAGCAGCUCCAGCUGGAACGUCUCAAGAAGAUGUACAUGGUAUCGGGCGACGUGCAGUCCUUCCCUGAGGCUAAAUUCUAGAAUCUUCUCUGCUGUGUGUCAUGUUGUAAUUUAUUGGCGAGAUGCCAAGUGAGGAAAGUGGACUGUAGUGUAGCCAGCAAGGAGAUCAGGUUUCAAAAUAUUUAUCACGUUAUCUUGAGGUGUUCUAGCUGGAAUUUUGGUCAUCAUAUUUUGUUCUGUAGGAAACUUACUUUCGUUGUUUGUUGGUAAUACCUCAUUUUUAUUUCCAUUACUUGUCUGAUGCGAUUAAGUCAAUUUUUUUCCUAACUUAUUUGUAUAAAUCACAUUCGUAAGCUUAUUAGGUUAUUACGAAUUUCAUUGUUUUGAACGUGUAUAAAAAGAAAGUCUGAUCAAAGUUGACGCUCAAAAUUUUGACAUAUUGACAUUAGGAAUCCAAAUAACUCUAAAUGUGAUUGAAAUGGACAUGUAAAAUGUAAAUGUAGCGUGUAAUAUAUUAUUAUUUCAUUAAUUAACGCUUUAAUAAUCUACGUAACUUUAUUAAGCAUGGAGGGGUUCUACACUGCCGAGACGUUGUUUCAGUUCGAUGACCUGGACUUCAAUGCCUCCAAUACUAUGGACAACCGUAAGAUUGUGGCAGGAGCAGACACUGAAGAGGGACCGGACAAGUCCACAGUAGGUGAUCUCAUGAUCAAGGAACCGGACCUCUUGACCCCUCCAACUACCACCAACAUUGCUCUAGAUAACAACAAGCACAGCGUCAUCAACAACAACAACAACAGCAAUAACAACAGCAUUAGUAACACCCCUAACACACCAAGUGGCACGCCUAUCACGGAACUGGAUCACGUCACUAAGGCGAAGAUCUUGGAACAGGUCGAAUUUUACUUCAGCGACGCCAACGUCACCAAGGAUAAGGAGCUCGCGAAGCAGAUUCGUCGAAAUGAAAUGGGUUACGUAUCAAUAAAGUGGAUCACGUCAUUUCGCAAGAUACAAGCUUUGACUCAAGAUUGGAAAGCUGUUUCCAAGGUCCUGCAGGAGUCCACUCAGCUGAAAGUUUCGACGGAUAAAAAGAUGGUGCGUCGGAAGCACCCGAUACCCAAGAAAAGUGACCAGUUUGCAGAUAAAACAGUGAUGGCCAGCAACUUGCCGCUCUCUGAACGUAGUGUUGAUUGUGUGAAGGACUAUUUUAAAGGAUUUGGUCGGGUGACUCUGGUUAGGUUUUUGUCGCCAGGUAAACCGUACCCUGACGACAUCACCAGUUUGCACUUACCAGGGUGGCGAGGCAGCCCCACCGCUGACAUGGUUGCUGUGGAGUUUGAGACAGUGGAGGCGGCAGAGCUGGCUGUUCUGAAGCUGUCUGACAGUAACAACUGGAGGAGCUCCUCUCAAGUGCAGCUGUUGAGGACAAGACAGCAGAAACAGUUGGGUGCCGACAAGAUAAUGCAUGGUCCCAAAGUAAGGAAGUCUUCAGAGCACUGUGCUAUGGCGUACUCUCUGAACCACAGCACGGGCGUGCCACGUGACAGCAACGGGUAUGGUAUGGCAAAGAGUCUUCCAAAGCAAAUGUUUGGAAUGUCAAUAAGUGGCACGUCACCCACUGCUGGCUCCUCGCCACAAAGUCACAUCGUGAAACGCCCCGAGAAGUCUCCUCAUUCCUACUCAAGCCGGUCCUCAGUCACGCGGUCUGGAACCGCAGGAUCGUACAGCGACAGUUUCAGCUGCAGCCCCUCUGCUAAUUCGUAUCUGGGUCAGCGCCUUGCCCACGAGAAGAGUCACGCAAACGGCCCCGCCUUGAUCGCAAUGGUUUUGACUCGAGAACCUAGGGGUCCUGACGGGUCCAGGGGAUUCGGACACCGUAAUAACUGAUAACGACAAAUUCUUUUGUAGUUUAGGAGAAAACGCAUGUUUUUAUACGAUUAAGAAUUUGUAGGGCAUUUUCGAUUAAAAAUGACGAUUUAUAUGAACAUAUCCAUCAUGAACCAUGUUAUCAAAUUGUUUGCAAGAUUAUUUGAUUAUGUUUCUGCCGCAUUUUUACAAAAAAAAAAACAGAAGACUGACUAAUUGUCAAAAAAAAUGAAAAAGUAAGUAUUUUCAUUUCAAAUUGUUCGAAUAAACGCCAAAAUUAUUGUCACAAUGUCGUACUUACACUGCGAGAAAAAGCAGAUUGAUUGUUUCAAUUUUCAAAAUGCUUAGAGUUUAUUAAAUUAUUGCAGGCUUUUCAGAUGUAUCCCAAUCUACUGUAGGUAAUUUAUUUAGAAUUGUGAUAGCAAUUACCUUUUUGCAAUGUUGAAUAUUUAAGAACAAAUGCCAUCAUAAUGAUUCGAAUUCGUGGAUCAGUAAAACAUUUGUGGCUAACUUUAAUGCAUUUUGUUACGAAAGGAUCUUGACGUAAGGAUUAACUGCUUCAAACGCAGAGUGCUUUUGAAAAUAUGUAAUUUCGCGAUCUUAAGAUAAUUUUCAAGAAGGACAGUGUACUAUGUUGCCUGUAAAUAUGUGUUUUGAAAAUAAUUUCGUUUCAUUUUACAUAAA